AUGCAUAAUGAUAAGAAGAUAAAAGAAAUCAAGGAUGGUUUACGCAAUUUUCAAAUAAAACCAAUAACGAUAAUAAAGGGGACAUCUGGAAUUGGAAAGUGAUUUAGAUGUUAUAAGCUUAGGUUGCAUUUGGCCAAGUAAAUUUUAGCAGAAUUCAAGUACAAAAUUUUGGAGGUAGAUUCAGCAUUCAGAGACAUUUGGAUGUUAAAUGAAGUGCACCCUCUAAUGUAUUCUAUGUAAGAUUAACUAUCAAAAAUUGAUGAUUAAAGAGGUAUAGGUUUUUGUAAUGGUGUUAGUCAUAAUUUUAAAAGAAAUUAGUGGGAUUAGUAAUUUGAAUUCAUUAAGACAAUUGUAAUAAUAAUACACUUACACAAAAUGCAAUAAGCCAUUAGUAAUAAUUGUAAAUACAACAGUAUUAAAAGAUUAUGAAUUGACUAAAAUUUUAAGUUAAGAAUUUAUUAAAAUAUAUUGCAAUAUUGUGUGGUUGAAAAGUCCAACCAACAACAAGAUUGAAAAGUAUUUGCACUCUUGUUUUCCAAGAGUUAGUUCAAAUGUGCUUCAUUAAGUAAAUAUGAUAUGUUGACUAAGAUAGCAGAACUAUCGAAUGGCGAUAUUAGAAAUGCGUACAAUUAAGCAUUUAUAUACUCAAUAAACUACAGAGAUGAGAACUAAAGCAAAGAUUCUUAAUUAACAUUUUUUAAUACUGUGGGUAGAGUACUAUAUAACAAAAGAUUGGAUUAUUAUAAUACUCCAAAACAAUUAACAUAUGAAGAAAUGAUAUCUAAACCUGAACCCAAAUAUUACUUCGAUCCUUUUUAGUUGUUGGAAACCAUACAAGUGACCUAAUAGACAUAUAGAGGGUAUAAAGCCUAAUGUUUAAAUGUAGGUUUUUGUUUAUCAACUCAUUGAAAUUCUUGCAUGACUUAAAUGAAAUGAAAUAGUUUUAUGAGAUUCAGAGUGAGGCUGAUGUAAUUGAAAAAGGAUUGUGCAGAUUCGAUAGAGUUAAUAUGCAUAUUAUCUUUAGUAUUAAGGAGACAUCUUUAAUAAUCAAUUUUUAGUUAGUAUGUUUGUGACUUUGGGUUACAUGUAGACUAACAAGCACGUCAAACCUGCUAAAUCCAUGAUGCUUACACUGAAUGGUCCAUAAGAUUAUUAAUUUAGACAGGAGAGAUUGCUAAAGCAAAAUGAGAUGAAGCAAUUAAAACCAUUUAAAAGUUAUUAAAAAGAAUUAGUAUUAAGUAUCUUAUACGGAAAACGAGUUCAAUUGCUCAAUUCCAAAAAUAACUUCAUAUCGUAAAUCUCAAUUGAGGAUGAUCAAUAUGACUAACAUUGGUUUGAAGAGGAUUAGCAGGAACAACAGCAAACUUCCAAUAAAAGAUUAAGUUCAAAGAAUAUAAGAGUUAAAAGAAAUUAAGCGGAACUGAUUUCUAGAAAUAGAAAUUAGAGGUUGAUUGAAGUGUGUAAUGAAUUAUUAAAUUGA